AUGAGCUCUGCCCAAUAUUUUGUUAUAAUAGCUAAUGAUCAAGAUACACCUUUAUACGAAGCGCAAUUAUCUAGUACCUCGUCAAACUCAGUUACAGAACUCUAUCCAUUUAUAGCCAACUCUGCUUUAGACAUAAUUGAAGAUUUACAAUGGAGGACAAAUUCAUCAUCAUCAUCAUUUAGCUCCUCUUCUUCAACUGGGUUCCCCAUUUCAUUCGGUAAUGACAAUGGUUUUAACGGCAUUGGUAAUCCUGGUAAUACUGGUGGUUCCUCUUCGCCUUCCUUAUUUUUUGGUGCAAAACAAAAUAAUAACUCCAAAGAUCUUUUAGGUGCAUCAUAUUUGGGUUUCAUAGACCAUUAUUAUCAGUCUCCAAUUUCGGCUUACAUAACCUUUGGGAAUACCAAAUUCAUUUUAAUACAUUCUUCAAAUAUGCCUAUUAAUGGCAACAAUAUCAAAGUUUUUUAUCAACUAGUACACGAGUUAUACCUAAAAACACUGAUGAAUCCAUUUUAUAUAAAUGGUUCAGCUAUAAAUUCACCCAUGUUUGACGCAAAGGUGCGUGCUUUUGCAGCCAAAUAUUUAAUAUGA